AUGUCUUGCCGAGGCGGAGUCAGCCAGAACCGGGGAGCCACUUCUGGUCCACAGCCCUUGAGAGCAACAGUUCCAUUCCAGCUGCACAGCAAAGCACAGACCAGCUUGAAAAAUGGCAAGUCAGGUAUGGUAAACAGACAGUACAGAUAUAGCUAGCUACCUACAUGUUUUCAUUUAUUAUCUCAUUCAACAUUGGUAACUGCUUUCAAAAGUCAUGCUUUCAUCUGAUAACAACCAGUAAAAUGUAUAACAGAACAAUUCAAUAAUUGCCUGACAAAGGAAAUGGUUGAAACAAUGUUACACCCAUUCAACCAUCCAAUGCUGAAUAAGGUCACUUGAACAAAAAUACAAAAUGGCUGUAAAAUACAGCAAUUACUGUAAUAUUACUCUAGGCUACAUAACGUACUAUAUUUGAAACUGUCAUAUAGUAGUUGUAGCAAUACAGCUGUACUGUUGGAACCUUCCGGUAACAGUUACUAGUCAAAACAGGUUGAACGCCUUUCUGGGCUUCAUGGAGUAUCAGUCUCCCCAUCACCAAUUACAACUAAAAGAGGUGUAAUGGGGUUGUACACUAACUUUUUCCACUGGUGGCAACAGCACAUUUUGUGUCCUAUAAUGUGCCUGCAUUCCAUACAGAACCAGGCUAAUAAUGACUAGCCAUUUUUUAAAUUAAUUUAAUUAGCAUGCCCUUUAAUUGAUUUGGAUAGAUUUACUGUAACAGUAUUUAUUGCAGAUUUCAAAGGCCAUGUGUUCUUUUCUGCUAAACCCUCUAGAGGGCAGAAUUUGAAAGCGGGGAGGACUGAUUUAGCCCAGUUUUUUUCUCUCUCAAAAUCACCCUUUUCUAAUAGAACAUCCAAUUUUGUUUUUCAAUGUCAACAACGAUGCUUAAACCACAUCGUGGGACCAUUUUUGAGUUCUGGGGAAAAUCUGAGAAAUUAAGAUUUUUUUCCUUGUGUGCGCACACCAGCCAGACAGUUGUUUGGCUAGCAAUGUUUCUGUAGCACACUUUGUAGUUACCUUUUUAAUUGCCUUUCCAUCUACCCGAAAACGGAUAGGCUAUCAUAAGCAUUGUUAACGGCUACACAAAGUGGUAGACAUAUAGGUCCAAUGCGCACCGCACAUGCAACUAAAAGAUACUGGCCCCAAAAAAAUUACAUUACUGGCCCGGGUCAAGAUCUGACAGGAAAAUGAAUGAUGCGUGCAUAAUUUAAAUAGCAGGUGAUUUUUUUUUAAUCUUUCAUUUUUUUGCGUUUGAGCAAGGAGCCUAUACAGGGUUCAUAAACAUUGACAAGUCAAAUUCAAGGACUUCCAAAUACUUUUUCAAGCACUUAAUUGUAAUUUUAAUUGUACAUUUCAUAUUUAAUUGUUUUUAGCCUACAGGGAAAAAAACUCCCCUCAAAAUGUAUGCCAAAUAGUAUGCAUUACCACUUUAAGAAUAUAUAUAUAUAUUUUAUAGGCCUACCCAAUGGCAUUAUGCAUUGACAUUCACAUUUAUUUGUACAUUCUAAAAUGUCAGAAUAAUGUGGGCAUUGCCUGACUAAAUAGACAGCAUACUCCCGAACAGUGGCGGCUCCUGAAAAAAUUCUCAGGGGGGGCAAUUUUUCUGAUGAUUUAGGUGACCUACACACAUUUUAAAAAAGAUAUGUCCAGCAACAACAUGAAGACAGGGGCAGCAUAUAAGUCAAUACCAGAAGCAUUUAUUGACUGAUCUCAAAAGUGUUGGCUUACCAGGGUUGGUGGAGCCCUCAGUUUCAUCUUUGCCUCGCAAAGCUAACUCAAACACUCCGCAAAACUUCACACACUGGAUUAGCCGGCUGAGGAUGUGGCGGUUCUUGCUAAUGUCGUAGUAAAUAUAUUUGUUAUAGUGAAUAUGGAAUAUGAUAUGUUGAGUAAAAUGUUGUGCUAAGAUCUAUUUAGGUCAGGAGCUGGUUAUAAGUUCUGUUCCUAUCCAAUAACAAUGGACAAAAGGGUCCUAUCUUGUCAGCCUUGUCAGUUUCAGUUCUCCAGUAAAUUUGUGAUUAUCAACACUAACCUCAUCGUUGUGGCGGCGGACAGCUAGCCUGUAUCCCUCAUCCAGUUGAGUGGGAAUGUUCACUCUCCCCAAAGCAGACAAUCUCAAACAGCUAUCCAUGUGGGUCUUUGACAGCUCAUGUUUCUUAAUCUUUCCUGAAAGAUGGUGCAUGUCCGUUACACACCAGUCGCUGUCCAAGCGGUGCUGUCUGCCGUGCCGCCUUCAGGGUGAAAGAGUAAGCAGGGGGUAGCAGAAGACUGCAUUAGCUACAUCGCAGCCUGCUAGCCAGGUUUUUCGUUCGUACCAAUUUUUGGAAAAUCCUCGGGUGUAGGACUUCCCCCCUUUAGUAGAAACCUGUUGAAUUAUUAAAUUUGGUCUGGGAGGUCCUAAUUGUUUCGUUGCCAAUUUAUCUUCAUUUGUUCGCCGACAAAAAGGAACUUCUUUCAAAGACACAAUCGAGUUGCACUGAAGCCUAGCCAUUUUGACAGUAAUAGUGAAUUGAUUGACGCUGCUACCCGCUCUUUUCUUAGUUACGUUCAUGGUUAUGUUACGUAUGACGAAAGCGCGUAAGUGCAAGCCCUCAGAAACCCAUAGAGAUUGUAUUGAAAGCUCUGAUAUUUGAAAAAAAUAGAUUUUACAUGGGAGUCUAUGACAGACUUCUGGGCGAUUUUCAACCUGACUGAAAUCGCCCCAAAAGGGGGGGGGGGGCAUUUGAAGCACGACUUUAGCCUGAUUGGACAUUUAGUGGCACUGUGGCAGAUCAGACGUCUAGAUUACAACACUGAUAACUACUGUUGCCGUGAUAUAAUUGAUUAGAAAAAAAAUCCCUUCCUUUUCCCGUUUGGCAGUGCGUCGCCCAUAUCGCCCUAUUGAACACACCGCCCCUGCUCCCGAAACAAACGCACUAAUGAAGUCUGUCCAUGUGGUAGCUAGUCAGUCUCGCCAUUUGAGAUGUUGAAGAGUUAUUGAUGGGUUAUUGUAUCAUGUUUUAAAAUGAGAAAGCCACCAAAAACAGGGUUGCCGUUGUAAUGGAACUGGUUUGUAUGGAAAACCAAGUUUAAGCCAACAUUUCAAUGUUUUCUUGCUCAUAAUAACCUCAUGUUUUUACCACAACAAGCACAACAGACUAGCGCAACACCCUUCUAUUGAAACGGCGAGAAACAAACUAAAUGAAAUCACCGAAUAAUUAUUUUGGAGCAGUAGAACUUCUAAAUCGGCUACCAUAACUUCAAUGACUUUUCAAGGACCAAAUAGCCUAGAAAAUCUGAAAUUUCCUCAAGGUAGGCUAUUCCAUGAUGACUGAAUUGCAUAUCACAAAUAUUCAACCAAUACUUUUUAAAUAGCUGGUUUGCAUACCCAUUCUUGCCUUAGCAUUUACUGGUAGAUAUCAUAACAUCUUUCCUACCCUUACCGCUGUUGGUCUUCAGUAAGCUGCUCCACGCAACAACGAGCUGUUUGAGAGCUGCGCGCUCUCUCUGCCUGGCAGAUUAUCUAUAGGCUGUGUGCUGCGCAUGUGAUAAAUAAUCGACAUGAAGAAUGAACCGCUUCAUGAAUCCAUCAGUUUUUGUAUCAAUUAUAUAGCUUAGAUAAGGGGUACUCAACUCUUACCCCACGAGGUUCGGAGCCUGCUGGUUUUCAGUUCUACCUGAUCAUCAAUUGCACACACCUGGUGUUCCAGGUCUAAAUCAGUCCCUGAUUAGAGAGCAACAAUGGGGGGGAAAACGCAGUGGAACUGGCUUUGAGGUCCAGAGUUGAGUAUGAGGGGCCAAGAAAAAAAAAAUUCAUAAUGCUAUUUUUAAUAUCACUGGCCCAAGCAGGCCACUGACGGGGAUGAUCAAGUGGCCUGGAGGGUUUCCAAAACCUCCCCUGUAUGUUGAGCCUUGACACACACAGACCAGGGCAUUCCCGUGCCUUUGUUACCUCUUCAGAAAGUUGGUUUAUUUUUGGUUAAUUGCACAUUACUGUUUGAAUAAAUAAUUUUUCUUGAGAACGUAAAACUAAUGUGACCAGGUUAAAAAAGAAAUUGCUGGCCCCCUUGUAAGUAAUUAAACAUUUGUGUCGCACUGCCAAGUAAAACGGUGGCAAAUGCGACUGUUUUGGCCGCAGUAUCGAACCCUGUGUAACUUCAGCUGUCCUCUGCUAGAUGGGUAACUUGUUAAAAUACCAAAAUAUACACAAAUACAGGUCUCAUCUAAGUCCCUGAACCCACCUAAAUUAUAUUGAAGUAACUGCCCAGUGAAAAUCUCACUUUUUAAAAGUUCAUAUUCUGUUAACUCGUAUCCAAAUAAUGUUUUUGACUCGUCCUAUAAUCGUAUUUGUUGACCAACGGAUAAAUUAGGGUAAAAAUUCAACAACAAAAAACCCACCUUUUAAAGUCAUAUCUCAUAGAGACCGUUUCAAAAUUGCUUGCUAUUUCCUCAUAGAACAUGAUGCCAUCUCCCUGAGGAGGAUGAGCUGGCCAAUCAGCGGUCAACUUGCAUCCUAAUAUUUUAAAUGACCAGUAUACGCCCACAUCAUUAUGUUGUUGUGGUACCCACAUACCAUUCCAACACAGAAAAGCAGAUUUUUGACAUACUUAAUGACAAUUUUUUGGAAGGAAAACUGUUUCAUUCACACUACGUGACCAAAAAUAUGUAGACACCUGCUCGUCGAACAUCUUAAUCCAAAAUCAUGGGCAUUAAUAUGGAAUUGGUCCCCCCUUUGCUGCAAUAACAGCCUCCACUCUUCUGGAAAGGCUUUCUAGAAGUUGGAACAUUGCUGCGGGGACUUGCUUCCAUUCAGCCACGAGCAUUAGUGAGGUCGGGCACUGAUUUUGGGUGAUUAGGCCUGGCUCACAGUCGGCUUCCAAUUCAUCCCAAAGGUGUUUGAUGGGGUUGAGGUCAGGGCUCUGUGCAGGCCAGUCAAGUUCUUCCGCACCGAUCUCGACAAACCAUUUCUUUAUGGACCUCGCUUUGUGCAAGGGGGCAUUGUCAUGCUGAAACAGGAAAUGGCCUUCGCCAAACUGUUGCCACAGAAUCGUCUAGAAUGUCAUUGUAUGCUGUAGUGUUAAGAUUUCCCUUCACUGGAACUAAGGGGCCUAGCCCGAACAAUGAAAACAGCCCCAGACCAUUAUUCCUCCUCCACCAAACUUUACAGUUGGCACUAUGCAUUCGGGCAGGUAGCGUUCUCCUGGCAUCCGCCAAACCCAGAUUGCCAGAUGGUGAAGUGUGAUUUAUCACUCCAGUGAACGCUUUUCCACUGCUCCAGAGUUCAAUGGCGGCGAGCUUUACACCACUCUAGCUGACGUUUGGCAUUGCGCAUGGUGAUCUAGGCUGCUCGGCCAUGGAAACCCAUUUAAUGAAGCUCCCGCCGAACAGUUCUUGUGCUGACAUUGGUUCCAGAGGCAGUUUGGAACUCGGUAGUGAGUGUUGCAACCGAGGACAGACAAUUUUUACUCGCUUCAGCACUCAGGAGUCCCGUUCUGUGCGCUUGUGUGACCUACCACUUCGCAGCUGAGUCGUUGUUGCUCCUAGACUUCACAAUAACAGCACUUAUAGUUGACCGGGGCAGCUCCAGCAGGGCAGAAAUUUGACGAACUGACUUGUUGGAAAGGUGGCAUCCUAUGCCGGUGCCACGUUGAAAGUCACUGAGCUCUUCAGUAAGGCCAUUCUAUUGCCAAUGUUUGUCUAUGGAGAUUGCAUGGCUGUGUGCUCAAUUUUAUACACCUGUCAGCAACGGGUAUUGCUGAAAUGGCCAAAUCCACUCAUUUGAAGGGGUGUCCACAUACUUUUGUGUAUAUUUACUGUAAGUACACUGAACAAAACUAUAAAUGUAACAUGUAAAUUGUUGGUCCCAUGUUUAAUGAGCUGGGAAAAAAAUAAAAUCCCAGAAAUGUUCCAUGUGCACAAAAAGCGUAUUUCUCUGAAAUGUGCACCAAUUUGUUGACAUCCCUGUUAGUGAGAAUUUCUCAUUUUCCAAGAUAAUCCAUUCACCUGACAGGUAUGGCAUAUCAAGAAGGUGAUUAAACAGCAUGAUCAUUACACAGGUGCACCUUGUGCUGGGGACAAUAAAAGGCCACUUUUAAUAUGUGCAGUUCUGUCACAAUGCCACAGGUGUCUCAAGUUUUGAGGGAGCGUGCAAUUAGCAUUAUGACUGCAGGAAUGCCAGAGAAUUGAAUGUUAAUUUCUCUACCAUAAGCUGCCUCCAACGUCGUUUUAGAGAAUUUGGUAGUACGUCCAAAACCCAGAACCUCCACAUUCAGCUUCUUCACCUGCGGGAUCGUCUGUAAUAAAUCCCUUUUGUGAGGAAAAACUCAUUCUGAUUGGCUGGGCCUGGCUCCCCAGUGGGUGGGCCUAUGCCCUCCAAGGCGCACCAAUGGCUGCACCCCUGCCUAGUCGUGAAAUUCAUGGAUUUGGGCCCAAUUUAUUUAAAUUGACUGAUUUCCAUAUGAGCUGUAACUCAGGAAAAUCUUUGAAAUUGUUGCGUUUUUAUAUUUUUGUUCAGUAUAAUUAUAGGUCGUAUAUCAUAGAAAUCUGGACACACUGGGCAGUUACUGUAAUGUUACAGUAUUAUCCUAGGUAAAAUCUUAUUUCAGCAGGUGCAAAAUGAAAGACAUGAUUGCUAUAGACUUGACAUUAUACACGUUUUCCUAACGAUGCAUGUUAAAAUUCCCCUCCUUUCAUUGUUAUCAGAGAAGAAGACCGAAGCGCGACAGGUGACCCCUGGGAUGCGGCGGACACACUCUCUGGACGCCAUUGUGGGCCCCUACCUGCAGGGCCACUGGCCCAAAGAGCCCGAGGGCCAGGCAAGCCUCUGCAGGAAGGACCAAUCAACCCAGGUGACUACCUCCCAUUGAAUCCUCUGACAAUAUCAGUUUGUUAUAUUUCCUCUAGUUUAUGUAUCUGAAUGGGGAAAGUCACAGAAUGUUUUUGAUGUAAGACCAGGAAAGGUAAUUAUAGAUUUUCUGCUAGUUUGGCUUUGUUAGGAACAUUAAGUUAUAUGUAUGUAGAAUAAUAACAAACAAAAUGUACCAGAAUAGGCAAUGCCUACAUCAUUCGACUCAUGUUUUGAGGUUAAUAAUAGCCAGCAUAAGUGACCGUAAAUUACCUGUAAAAGUACACUGCUCAAAAAAAUUAAGGGAACACUAAAAUAACACAUCCUAGAUCUGAAUGAAUGAAAUAAUCUUAUUAAAUACUUUUUUCUUUACAUAGUUGAAUGUGCUGACAACAAAAUCACACAAAAAUGAUCAAUGGAAAUCAAAUUUAUCAACCCAUGGAGGUCUGGAUUUGGAGUCACCCUCAAAAUUAAAGUGGAAAACCACACUACAGGCUGAUCCAACUUUGAUGUAAUGUCCUUAAAACAAGUCAAAAUGAGGCUCAGUAGUGUGUGUGGCCUCCACGUGCCUGUAUGACCUCCCUACAACGCCUGGGCAUGCUCCUGAUGAGGUGGCGGAUGGUCUCCUGAGGGAUCUCCUCCCAGACCUGGACUAAAGCAUCCGCCAACUCCUGGACAGUCUGUGGUGCAACGUGGCGUUGGUGGAUGGAGCGAGACAUGAUGUCCCAGAUGUGCUCAAUUGGAUUCAGGUCUGGGGAACGGGCGGGCCAGUCCAUAGCAUCAAUGCCUUCCUCUUGCAGGAACUACUGACACACUCCAGCCACAUGAGGUCUAGCAUUGUCUUGCAUUAGGAGGAACCCAGUGCCAACCGCACCAGCAUAUGGUCUCACAAGGGGUCUGAGGAUCUCAUCUCGGUACCUAAUGGCAGUCAGGCUACCUCUGGCGAGCACAUGGAGGGCUGUGCGGCCCCCCAAAGAAAUGCCACCCCACACCAUGACUGACCCACCGCCAAACCGGUCAUGCUGGAGGAUGUUGCAGGCAGCAGAACGUUCUCCACAGUGUCUCCAGACUCUGUCACGUCUGUCACAUGUGCUCAGUGUGAACCUGCUUUCAUCUGUGAAGAGCACAGGGCGCCAGUGGCGAAUUUGCCAAUCUUGGUGUUCUCUGGCAAAUGCCAAACGUCCUGCACGGUGUUGGGCUGUAAGCACAACCCCCACCUGUGGACGUCGGGCCCUCAUACCACCCUCAUGGAGUCUGUUUCUGACCGUUUGAGCAGACACAUGCACAUUUGUGGCCUGCUGGAGGUCAUUUUGCAGGGCUCUGGCAGUGCUCCUCCUGCUCCUCCUUGCACAAAGGCGGAGGUAGCAGUCCUGCUGCUGGGUUGUUGCCGUCCUACGGCCUCCUCCACGUCUCCUGAUGUACUGGCCUGUCUCCUGGUAGCGCCUCCAUGCUCUGGACACUACGCUGACAGACACAGCAAACCUUCUUGCCACAGCUCGCAUUGAUGUGCCAUCCUGGAUGAGCUGCACUACCUGAGCCACUUGUGUGGGUUGUAGACUCCGUCUCAUGCUACCACUAGAGUGAAAGCACCGCCAGCAUUCAAAAGUGACCAAAACAUCAGCCAGGAAGCAUAGGAACUGAGAAGUGGUCUGUGGUCACCACCUGCAAAACCAGUCCUUUAUUGGGGGUGUCUUGCUAAUUGCCUAUAAUUUCCACCUGUUGUCUAUUCCAUUUGCACAACAGCAUGUGAAAUUUAUUGUCAAUCAGUGUUGCUUCCUAAGUGGACAGUUUGAUUUCACAGAAGUGUGAUUGACUUGGAGUUACAUUGUGUUUAAGUGUUCCCUUUAUUUUUUUGAGCAGUGUAUUUGUGUCUAGGCUUUGUUGAGGUUGCAUUUAGGGGUGUGGGGGUGGGCUUGUAGCAGAGGAUUGAGAGCGAGCGAAAAGACAAGUGGUGAGAGAGACAGAAAAAGGAGUGUUAGGUGGUUGUUCUGCUCUCUGAAGGAGUGAGAACCACAGUCAUGUGAACAUGCCUGGAGUCAGCUGACAGGGCCUUUUUCUGUUACGCAGCAGGCUGCACCCAUCCUAUCUGUGUGCUUGCUCUCUGCAGGGACUCGCCACUAGCCCACAUCCUCUCCCUCUUUCUCCAUCUCUCUGAGGCUUGAGAGGCAGCAAGCAGACUGUAGAUGUGUGUAGGGGUACAGUGUGAGUCUCUUACCUCAAGCCCUUAUGCUCUGCUCUCUGUGCAAAAAUGUGUGUGUUCAACAAAGUAGACAUGAUGUAACAUCACUUGAGCAUAGAGCACAUCUGGUAAUAGACAGUGGACAUGACACUGUGUCUUACAUGUCCCCUCCUUUGUCCUAGUCAAAAGGUCAAUGUUGCGCAUUAUUAGACAUUAUUCAAUGCCCUAAAUGAUUUUUUAAAAAAGAAACACAAUUGAAGACACCAAUGCAGUUAUGCGUUUUCAGUGGUGGAAAAGUACCCAAUUGUCAUACUUGAGUAAAAGUAGAGAUGCCUUUAAUAGAAAGUUACUCAAGUAAAAGUGAAAGUCACCCAGUAAAAUACUACUUGAGUAAAAGUAUUUGGUUUUAAAUAUACUUAAGUAUCAAAAGUAAAUUGAAUUGCUAAAAUAUACUUAAGUAUCAAAAGUAAAAGUAUAAAUCAUUUCAAAUUCCUUAAAUUAAGCAAAGUGGACAGCACCAUGUUCUUGUUUUUUAAAUGUACGGAUAGCCAGGCGCACACUAACACUCAGAUAUCAUUUACAAAAUAUGCAUUUGUGUUUAUUGAGUCCGCCAGAACAUGGGCAGUAGGGAUGACCACGUGUUCUCUUGAUAAGUGCGUGAAUUUCAUAAUUUUCCUGUUCUGCUAAGCAUUCAAAAUGUAAGGAAUACUUUGGGUUGUCAGGGAAAAUGUAUGGAGUAAAAAGUGCAAUAUUUUCUUUAGGUAUGUAGUAAAGUAAAAGUUGUCAAAUAUAACUGGUGAAGUACAGAUACCCCAAAGAACAACUUAAGUAGUACUUGAAAGUAUUUUUACUUAAGUACUUUACACCACUGUGCGUUUUUAACUUGCAAUAGGCAUGGAUAAAAUGUUUUUGAUUCCAUAUGCUGAACCCCUCAUGACGUGUGACUUAGGAAGAUGAUAAUGAUGAUGACACUGUGCUCUUCCUCCUCCAGACGCCUGUCUCAUGGUCAGACGAGGCUCCAAACAGGAAAGGCAGCGAAGGGCACAAACGCUCUGCAUCGUGGGUCAACGCUGAGCACCUACAGGAGGCAUGUACACCCACUCACAUCGCAUGA